GCGCGCUCUGGUUGAGUGAGAGCAGUAGAGAGAGGAGAGAGAAGAGGACGGAGAACGACGAACGACAUUUAACUUCAUAACGUUUUAAUUUGAACAUUUGUUGGGACUGAACUACGUGCGCAGGAUGUGGGUGUUAAACUGAGGUUAUUUUUUAGCGGAACCCUUGGGGAAUUUGACCCAGCGGAGGAACGCCAUGGACGGGAUAACCGGAGUGACAGUGCCCCUGUGACGGUCCGGUAAUAACAUUUCGACAGGGAGCUUUACUGGGUCUGUUUGAUCGUCUUUCAUACAGUGAAUGAUUCACGGUUCUGGUUCCUACCACUGCUACUGGAUUUUACUCUGUGGAGCUUUUUAUAUUUACUUAUAAAUUAAGAGUUUAUGGAUAUUCUCCAGCUUCACUGUGAAUAAAUCGACGUCAACAAUAUGUAUGCUGUAAGGAAAAGAAGAAAACCGGCCCAGAAGGGAGCCAAACCGGCCCCAGCUGAAAGUGCCAAGUCUAACCCGUCCAAACGGCACCGGGACCGCCUGAACUCGGAGCUGGACCGCCUGGCCAGCCUGCUGCCCUUCCCCCAGGACGUCGUCUCCAGCCUGGACAAACUGUCCAUCCUCAGGCUCAGCGUCAGCUUCCUGCGCACCAAGAACUUCUUCUCUGUGACUCUGAAGAACCAGCUGAAGAAGAGUAGUGAUGAAGGCAGAGCGUCUGAUGGGCACAUACCUGAGGGGGAGCUGCUGCUGCAGGCCCUGAAUGGCUUCGUGAUGGUGGUGACAGCGGACGGAACCGUCUUCUUCUGCUCUCACACCAUCCACGAUUACCUCGGCUUCCACCAGACUGAUGUGAUGCACCAGAGUGUGUUUGAGCUGAUCCACACUGAAGACCAGCAGGAGUUCAGGAGCAACCUGCACUGGGCCCUCAACCCCCCCAGCAGCCUCGGCCCCCCCACAGACCCCUCAGCAGAUGGCGAGUCGGGGUCCUCCUCUUCCUGUCUGGUGAGCUACACCCCCGAGCAGCUUCCCCCUGAAAACUCCUCGUUCCUGGAGAGAGGAUUCGUCGUCCGCUUCCGCUGUUUGUUGGACAACUCCUCCGGAUUCCUGGCGUUGAACAUCCAGGGUCGCCUGAAGUUCCUCCACGGUCAGAGCGGGACGCAGAGCCACGGCGAGGGCAGCACCCCCCCUCAGCUCGCCCUGUUUGCCAUCGCCACGCCCCUCCAGUCCCCCGCCAUCCUGGAGAUCAGGACCAGGAACAUGAUCUUCAGGACCAAACACAAGCUGGACUUCACUCCCAUGGCCUGCGACGCCAAGGGUAAAAUAGUCCUGGGCUACACCGAGGCGGAGCUGAGAGCUCGAGGUUCUGGUUAUCAGUUCAUUCACGCUGCGGACAUGCUGUACUGCGCCGAAAACCACGUCAGGAUGAUGAAGACGGGCGAGAGCGGCCUCACCGUCUUCAGGCUGCUCACCAAGGAGAACCGCUGGAAGUGGGUGCAGGCCAACGCCCGGCUCGUGUACAAGAGCGGGAAGCCGGACUACAUCAUCGCCACGCAGAGGCCCCUGGUGGAGGAGGAAGGCGGGGAGCACCUGAGGAAGCGCUCCAUGCACCUGCCCUUCACCUUCGCCACGGGAGAGGCGAUGCUCUACCAGACGGGAUACCCGCUGCACGGCUUCCCCGACGCCUUCCAGGGCAAAUCCAGAGGCAGCAAGUCAAAGAAGGGUAAGCUGGACAAGAGCUCCUCCGAGGACCAGGACCCGAAGGGGCUGCUGGGAGCUCUGAUGAGCCAGGACACGUCGGUGUACGUAUGCCAGCCGGACCCCGAGCCCAGGAUGUCGUGCCACAGCGGGUUUUUCAGCCAGCAGCAGGACGGGGAGGGUUUUGGAGGCUUGGUGGGGGGAGACAGCUGGAGCCUCACCUCUAACGUGGAGAUGGGGGGAGGAACCACUUUAGGAUACGACCCGCUGCUGGCCACUCUGGACUCUCUGUCUAUAGACGGGGAGGAAACGUGCUCCAACAGCGAGCUCUUCAGCGCGUUGGAGAACCUGGGCCUGAACGCCGAGGACCUGGAGCUGCUGCUGCUGGACGAGAGAAUGAUGCAGGUGGAGCUGGGCCCCCACCACGUCCCCUCGCUCAGUGACCUCCUCUCCAACAACGAGAUCCUCUCCUACAUCCACGACUCUCUGGAGAGCGGCACAGAAGGAGACUCCGCUCAGCCAGGCUCCCAGCAGGCGGCGCUCCCACCGGCAGCUCCACCCAUCAUGCAUCUGUCGCAGCAGAUGCAGCAGCACAUCAGUGCAGGCGAGCUGGGGAAAGCUGCCCAGAUCACAGCGGACAGCAAGACUUUAACUAACGGGCACUGGAACCACCAUCACCACCACACUGCGCCCAAAGCCUUGCAUCUAAACGGUGGACAUAAACAUCAGCCGGACUCCAGUCAGCAGUGGCAGCUCCAGCAGCCCUCGCUCCACCUCCACUUCCAGAAUCAGCUCCCAACAAACGGACACUCUGCCUUCCCUCCCAACGUGGAGGCGGGAUACAACGGCGUCUCGGCGCUGAAUGGCGUCUCCUCUGCGGACGUCUGUCACUACCAGAGUUUGAUGACUCAGCACAAACACCAGCAGCCAUGUUUGUCCCAGUGUCCGGCGCAGAGCUCCACCCUGGAGCUGGAGCAGCUGCUGGGUCUGUCCCCCCCGCAGCACAGCCUGCAGACGUUAGAGGCCUACAGCAUGUUCAACGGCAGCACACAGGACUCCACACACAGCAAGCUGGAGAACGGUUGCCUCCUCGGCGCCACCAACGCAGCGUACAUCCGGACGUGUCUGAUGCCCAACGGAAACGGAGUGACGACACACCACCUCCCCGACCCGCUGCCGGACCCUCAGAAGUCUGGAUUCUUCCUCUGAAAGGAUGAGGAAGAGAAACUGAGGGUGUGAAGAAGGAAAGGAAGGUACACAAGCAAAGACAGACCAACUCUUCUUGAUUUAACAUUAAAAGAGGGAAGGGAAAAAGGACUUUAUAUCCGGUUUCUGCCUUGGAACCGAUAAGGCCACUGAAGGAAGAUGUUUUUAUAUCCGUCACACUGCGUAUUCAUAUAUUGGUAGUCGUGCGAUCACUGAGUUUAAUUUUCAUGUUUGGAAAAGAUUUGUGUUCUUGUAGCCAAAACUCAUCGCUGUCUGAUCUGUAUAUACACACUGGUAAAGUCCGGAAGAGAAGAGUACGAAAGCAACCGACCCAGGUUGAUAACAUAAUAAUUAUAACACAUAUAAAUGUCCCUUAUAUCUUGCUGUAGAAAAUAGACUUCAGCGAGGCGGGUAACUUUAUUAAACUGGUCUCUGUUAUAUUAAAAUAACUGCAGUUAACAGGCUAAAAAAACACCAAUGGAGAUUUUAUAACAUUUUCAUUUAUGUGUGUGUGCAAAUAAGACUUUAACUUAUGCUACGAUACAUGAUAUACCGGUAAAUGAAGAAGCUGCUGCACACUUUCUUUCCUCGUACGCGGAUGUUAAUCAUAUAGAGAGAGAGAUUUGGACUGAAUACCAACAGAUAUUAAAUGUUUGUUAGUAGAUGUACAUUAGAUGUAGGUGAGCAGAUGUCCUGGUGCUUCAACUAAACAGCAUUUCAUUCUUAUAUAUUGUUGAUGAGAUUCAAAUGGAUGGUGAAAAUCAGAGCGUUUUAUUGGUUCCUCCUGAAGCUGCAUUGAGCCGCCUCGAGGUCGACACGAUGUUGUGCACUUACCUGUAUAUUAGAGACUUUAUCAGAGGGUCUGAUUUGUCCGUCAGCAGGUCUGAAAUCAAAGCAUUUUUGUUUCCUGAGCAGAGACAGUGUGAAAUGUCCCAUAAUGCCUUGUGUCACUUCCUCCUCCUGCAGAGUGCACUUACAGCACACAGUCAUCCAUUAAGGAAAUCAGUGUAAAUAAUAGAUUACAACAAGAGAAGGCCGGAGAGGAAGUGCAGGGAAGUAUUUCUCAAGUUUUCCCGCCAUCCCAGACGAUUCAGAGGGUACAUACAUGCGCUUAAAUGUUUUUCAUUUCAUAUCUGGCUAUUAUAUGUGUGGGGAUUUAAAGUAAGAGACACAAACCAAACUAAGCUGUUCAGACAUUAUACAUUUCUGCUUCAUGCAGGGUUUGAAAUGUCCUUCUUUAUUCGUACUGUAAUUAAUAACAAACCAGAUAAGAUAACAAAAUCAAGAAUCAUAACCACGUCCAUCAGUGGGAAAUGCUGCGUUCAUGUCACGUCAGAUUCGCACUGGAUAAAUCUAUUAGUUAAUACAUCAAUAACGAUAAAUAUCCUGAUAUAUAUAUAUAUUUAUAUUUAGUUGGUUACUUAAAUAAAAAUGACAAAUGAAAGGUAUUUUCUCAAUUAAAGAACUUGAGUGCAAAAUGGACAUGCAAUAAAGGCCUAGAUUAAUCACGAAAGGAACAAUAUAGGAAAAUAAAAACUAAUUUGUAUCGGUUUUACGAAAUAUAUUGUCAUAUCAGCCAGCCUUAAGUCAGAUGUACUGGACUGUAAGUGCGCAAGAAUUUAAAAGUACACAACCGGAAAAGAUCUGCCACUUCCUUCAGACUUCCUCACAAAGCCCCUCCUCCAACACACACGAACGCGCACAUGACCAAUGAGGGCACGAGAUAAGUUUGUGCCCCGAUGGAAGGCUGACAGGCAGGUAGGCCAUCCAGUCUGGGCCGGCUAAAAUGAUUAGUUGUGCUUUUUACGGCUUCCACAGAUGAAAUAUUUGUAUAUAUUUAUUGUCAAAGCAUUUAAUGUAUUCAUUGCUAUCGGGAUGUUAACAAUAUAACAAAAAGUGUUUCUGAAGGGAAUUACCCACCCCACCUUUAACUGGAAAUAUUAUCAAGUCAAUUGUUGUUGUUUAUUCAGAUGAAGACCAUGUGUCCAAAAUAAUUAGCUUUGAUUUCAAAUCAAAAUGACAAGUUACACUUACAGUUAUCUAUAUCUAUAGAUAUCUAUUAUAUUUAUUACUUUGUGUCUGAUUUUGACCAAUAAUUUCUCAUCCAGCAGAGUUCUGAUGUGACUUGAUGCAGCAUUACUCACGGUAAAACCUAAAAGGUGCAAAAGCUGGACGACAGCGUAAGCAUCUAGCAUUUAGCUCGGACUCAGAAACCAAAAGAGAAACGUGUGAGCACGCGUGUGUGCCGUGUCUGCAUAGUUGAAUGUCUGUAAACAUGAAGCUUUUAUUUCACUACAGAAAGGUGCUUAUAAGAUAUUUGUGGAUUUUAGUAGCGUUAGCUGAUGAAGACACAACUUUAAAAUGCAUUUACAGAUUUGCCUCUUGUUUUAGCAAUUUUUUGUAAACCUUUCUUAUAAAACAGAAUAUUUAAACCAGUGUUGAGAUCAAAUGCUGUAUGAAAGAUUAUAAAAUGACAAUCCUUUUACAAGGCGCUUUAAAAAAAAAAAAAAAAAAGGUGUGUGUGUAUAACUCUGUUAUAACUGUGUUUUUUAAUGGUGUUGUUGCAAGCACUACUUUAAAAUCACCGCUCUUACAAACUCUUUCUCCAGCACUGAAAGUACUCUUGUGGUAAAAAAGCAUUUUCUGACUCCAUGUUGUGAAUAUUGUUCCAGAGAGUCUUGUGUUUUAUAUUUACGUCACUUUAGCUCAAUACUUAAACGGUGCCAUAACGUUACUUCAAAACACUCAAGCUUUUAUUUUAAAUCCACUCUGUCCAUUUAAUAGUGUUUUAUAUUUUCAUUGUUUUCUCAGCCAUUUGGAGUCAAACUUGGAACCAAACUCUCCGUAAGCUGUCUUGUCGUGGUUCAUUUUUUUAAUUCUCCAUGCACACAGACUUUAUUUUGCUACUUUUAUCACUGAAGGUCGUAGCUAAAGAAAACGUUUUAAAAAUGCAGUUUGUCUUUGAGCUGUGUGUUGAAAAUGUGCUCCUGGAAAUAAAGGAUUUUUGUGCAAUCACA